GUAUUUGAUGAUCUUGCCGGUGAACCCAUAGCAAUUCAGCAAAAAAUUGAAGAGUUCUUUAGAAGUGGUAGGCAUUCCAAUAUUAGCCCAAUUUAUAUAGCACAACAUUAUUUUGAAACUUCCAUGAAAAUACAUGCAAAUAUUACACAUAUCUCAAUACAUCGUGAUGGUGGAGAAGGUUUAGAUAAUUUAAAACGUGUUCUUAAAA